AUGUCGUUCAAACAACCUCCGCCCCUUUCGCAUACGGCGCCAGGCAAGCGAUCUCAGUCUCAGGAGUCCUCGUCUGCUCCCUCUACAAGCAACCUCUCUCGCUUGCCGUUAUCUGCCAAAGCACUGCCAAAAGUCAAGGUGUACAUUGUCGAGGCGAAGAUCGACUCGCCCAGUCUAUCGGAAUUAGUCCGGGCAGCAGAGCAGAACGCGGAGAGCGUGUGUCGUGAUCCACAGGAGGCGGAUGUGAUCAUCACUGCCAUUGGCAUGCGGAGACGGUUGGAGAGACAUAUAUCUUGGGAAUUGGCGAAAACGAAAGCAAUCGUCACUCCCCAGUGGCUCCUAGAUUCUGUCAAGCAGGGCUCUCCGCUCCCGUGCGAAAACUAUGUGGCGAUCCAAGACCUGCACGACGAAACAGUGGCCCACUGCCCAGUGUGUAACGUCGAGCCAUGUGUCUGCUCUGAUUCGUCAGUCGAGUCCAUGCGCGAGACGCCAUCUCGUUCUGUACUGCGUUCUUCUUCGUCCCCCACGGAGGAGACCAAAUCGCCGCCUACCUCUCCUGCAAAGAAAAGGGCAAAGACCAAAGACGAGAUGAGCGGAAGUGAGGCAGAGAGUAGUGCAGCUCCGAAGAAAAGAGGACGGCCGAAGAAAGAGGAACUAGUCGCUGAAAGCCCGACAGAAUCAGCUGCCGCUGUUAGCAAGAGAGGGAAGAAAAAGAAGGAUGAAGAAUCUGCCGCUGGCACUGCUGGAACAAAGAGCCCCGAAGCUGAGCCAUCUUCAGCGCCUUUGAAGAAGGGGAGGAAGAAGAAGGAGGCUUCGUCCGAUAUCGAUGCCACGACCGCAGCUACAGGUGAACCCACCGCUGAACCUGCAACGAAAGGCAAGAAACGCAAAUCUUCCGCUGGCUCAAAGUCCGAUGCAGAAGGCAAGGGCAAGAAGCCCGCCCCUGUCGCGCCAGAAUGGCACCACGACGGCAAGAUAGAUGUGCAACUCCUGCCACCCGAUCCUCCGAUUCCGACGGAUCUGUCAAAGCUCGAUUACACGGCGCACUACGCGUGCCAGCGGGCGUCGCCGCUGAAAUGCCCGAAUCAGGCUUUAGUGGAGGAGCUCGAUAUCAUGCGCCGCGCGCGCCUGCUGGAAGGGGAGAUCAGGAGCGAGCUGAGUUAUCAGAAAGGGAUUUCGGCGCUCAAGGGUGCGUUGAGUGUCCCAUCUGUCUCGUACUUCUUAGGGUCAUCUGACACGGGAACGUCCUAUCCAAAAAAGAUAACGUCAUUGAAUCAAGUGAACGAACUUCCCUUUGUUGGGCCCAAGAUUGGUGCUAUGGUGGAAGAGUUUAUAGAAACAGGAAAGAUAGAAGAAGCACAGUCCCACUUCACCUCUGAGCGAUUUAAAGUGCUCACGCUAUUUUCCUCCAUCUACGGCAUAGGCCCGGUCCACGCGCGUGAGCUCUUCUCGCUCGGACUGCGCACUCUCCAGGAUCUCGAAACCUACUACGGCGUCAGGCGCCAGCCUGUCGGGUCGCGUGAGGGGCACAAGUUCGUCGAAGUCGAGGCAGCGAAGCCAAAGCGCCGGUCUGCAUAUCAAAGCGAGGGCUCGGAGGAGCUGGGAGACAACUGGACCAGGGUUGCCUUAGAGUUGCGAGAGGAUUUCAGUAUCAAGAUCCCGCGUGAUGAAGUGGAGGAGAUUGGUAGAGUACUAAUGACGGAGCUGGAAGAGCUCCAGUCUGGCUGCGUCAGCACCAUCGUUGGUGGAUACAGGAGAGGCAAGCUGGAGAGUGGUGAUGUCGACAUCGUCUUCACGCAUCGGGACCCCAAGGUCGUCAGGGGCCUUUGCAAGCGGUUUGUCACGCGGCUGCGCGAACGAGAAAUGGUCACACAUGUGAUGCAUUUAUCUAGUUUCCGCGAACAUGACCCUCUACGGACAACGCAUUGGGACUCCCUUGAGAAGGCUCUUACGGUGUUUAUCCUGCCCGAGUCUUCGCCAUUCUCCAAAGGUACUCGGAGGCGAUUGGACCUCAUAUUCGUGCCUCCAGAGCUUUACUGGACUGCCAUUAUUGGUUGGACAGGGUCUGUCAUGUUCCAGAGAGAUCUGCGACAGUGGGCAAAGGAUAAAGUUGCGAUGAAAUUCGACAGCUCCGGAAUCACAAGGAGAUCCGACUCAAAGCCCUUCUUCCCAAGAACGGAGAAGGAAGUGUUCGAUCUCUUCGGCCUCGAGUGGAUCGAUCCGACUUGGCGCAAUGCCGAUGCAUAAUUGCCAUGCAAUCGCCAUUGCUAUUUCAUCUCGCCGACGAAGGACAAACUUGUAAUCUUAUGCCGAGACUGCAUCAAUCGACAUCC